AUGGAGAGGCAUGUUCCCGCUGUCGGGAUAAGAAGCGGCGGUGUACGCCUGGAAGUCAGCCGGUCGCGUGCAAACUAUGUGAGCGAGAUGGAGCGCAAGAGAGUCUCUCAGAAGAGCUCCAGCGAGGCUACUCACUCGCUGGCAUCGUCGAGCCCCUCUACUAUCCGGAACAACGACAUGGCGCGCUCAGGACGGGAGACCUCCUCAAGCGCCCAUUCGAUACAAGAUACCACGCCGGACAUGCAGAUCGUCGCGGACCGUCUCCAGCCGCUGGAGAGCGCUCUACACUCUGGACCCGACGCCUCUGCCUACGACCUGCAAGACCCCUUCCAAUCUGUCCCAAACAGAAGUCAGGCUGGAUGGUCCGCUCAAGCUGGACAAAGCUCAACGCCCUCGUACAUCUCUCCGGUACCUCUUCCCUCAGCUAUACGUCCUGAUGAGGUGCUGCUCCAGACGUACUUUGCGUGGCAGUGUCCUCAACAUAUGCCUGUCGACGAACAGUUUUUCCGCCGAGACAUGCAGAGCAACCCGACUGGUCCCUACUUCUCCCCGCUACUGCUAUAUACCCUUCAAGCGCAGGCUUCGCGUCAUCUUGUCACUGAGGAUGGAUGGUCAUAUGUCGAAAAGGCCAACUCAUUACUCCUCAGCACACUCUCCGAGCCUCCUUCCAUACCGACCAUCCAAGCUCUACUCGUUCUGUCCGGCCGCGACCUCGCAAUGGGCCAAGCUAGUGCCGGAUGGCUCAAGAGCGGAAUGGCUUUUAGGAUGAUUGACGACCUGCAGAUCCGGGAGGAGCUCGCCAAGCAAGCGGGUACGGGCGGGGACGGAAGUGAGAGGUCAUACAUGAGACGCAGGAUCUUUUGGACGGCAUAUACGUGGGACAAAUUCUUCGCGCUCACACUUGGUCGUCGACCUGCCUUCUCCUUCAUCGUCGAUGACGAUCAGCUGCCUCCAACACUCUCCUCACAACUGAGCUGGUAUCCAUAUCAUCCGAUCGAGACGUUCCCAUCAUACCGUCCACAGCCUUCUUUGGACGGAGAGACCUUCUUUGCGUCCUGCCUUGUUUACCAAGAGAUUGAGCGCAUCAUCACCAGACUAUACCAACCUCAUCGAGCAUACAGCCUCGAGCAGGACAAGCAGUUCGUCCAGGUCGCUAGCUCUCGCCUGCUGGAAUGGAGGCGCAAGGUCCCAGAGGUCUUGCUAGAUACGUCGUAUCUCCCAGCAGUGUCACCCCCACCCCACAUCCUCACAGUCAAUAUCCUAUAUCGAGUCGCCUGGAUACUCUUGCACCGGCCUAUGCGGUACCGCGCGACAAGUCUCGGCGAGAAACAGGCCGCGGCUCACACCUGUAUUGCCCGAUCUGCCGAAAUCAACAUCCUCUUUGACAUGCACGAACGCACCUUCAAUCUACGCAACAUCACCUACCUCCUCGCUUAUAUGGCGUACGUCACGGCGACCAUCGACGUUGACGAAGCGAUGUCCGGCGAUCCUGCUCGCUCAAUACCGGCCAAGCAGCGGCUAGAGCUCACUCUGCGCGUUCUCACCCAGGCAUCCGCACAUACCCCGGGCAUUCAGCGAAGUAUUCACCAUCUGCGCCAAAAGCUCGUCCAGCGACCGGAUAGGCUGGUCAGCGGUACUACCACUCCCACGACAGCCCAUCCCUCGGCUACUGCCCAAACCCAAUCCGGCGAUCUCCUGGCCGUAUCGGCGGGUAUGAGCUCGCUGGCUGAAUCUCAGGCUAGUGGCGGGGCGUUGGAUCUAGCCUUUGAGCAGCUCUUUGCCUCACUCCUUCCCGAGUUCGCCGUAGAGAACCCGAUCUCUUGGAGUGAGUUUGGAAUGGAGGAUGCGCUCCCCGCGUCAACGGAAGACAUGGAUUGGUUGUGGUCUUGA